CAGAAAGUGGUCGCCAUAAAAAUCAUUGAUCUGGAAGAGGCUGAAGAUGAGAUAGAGGACAUUCAGCAGGAAAUCACAGUGCUGAGUCAGUGCGACAGUCCCUACGUAACCAAAUAUUAUGGAUCCUAUCUGAAGGGACCUUUGGGCCAGCUUGCGGUAAGAACUUGCCUUUAGAAGAUCCUUUGGUUCCCAUCCAUGUCUCCCUCUCCUCAAAGGGAUGGCAGCCCGAUGGACAGUGGGCACGUGCCCCCAACACGGACAGACUUCCACGGAGGACACUAAAUUAUGGAUAAUAAUGGAAUAUCUUGGUGGAGGCUCCGCACUGGACCUAUUAGAACCUGGCCCUUUAGAUGAAACCCAGAUUGCUACUAUAUUAAGAGAAAUACUGAAAGGACUUGAUUAUUUGCAUUCGGAGAAGAAAAUUCAUAGAGAUAUUAAAGCUGCCAACGUCCUGCUCUCUGAACACGGGGAGGUGAAGCUGGCGGAUUUUGGAGUGGCGGGCCAGCUGACGGACACCCAGAUAAAGAGAAACACCUUCGUGGGCACCCCUUUCUGGAUGGCGCCUGAAGUCAUCAAGCAGUCGGCCUACGACUCAAAGGCGGACAUCUGGUCCCUGGGCAUAACGGCGAUCGAGCUUGCCAAAGGGGAGCCUCCGCACUCCGAGCUGCACCCCAUGAAGGUUUUGUUCCUCAUCCCAAAGAACAACCCCCCGACGCUGGAAGGGAGCUACAGCAAACCCCUCAAGGAGUUUGUGGAGGCCUGUUUGAAUAAGGAGCCGAGCUUUAGACCCACCGCUAAGGAGUUACUGAAGCACAAGUUCAUAAUCCGCAAUGCAAAGAAAACAUCCUACUUGACUGAGCUCAUCGACAGGUACAAGAGGUGGAAGGCCGAACAGAGCCACGAAGACUCCAGCUCCGAAGACUCAGACACGGAAACGGACACAGAUGGCCAAGCGUCCGGAGGCAGUGACUCAGGGGACUGGAUCUUCACGAUCCGGGAGAAAGAUCCAAAGAGUCUCGAGAAUGGAGCUCUUCAGCCGUCGGAUUUAGAGAGAAAUAAGAUGAAAGACAUCCCAAAGAGGCCUUUCUCUCAGUGUUUAUCUACAAUUAUCUCUCCACUGUUUGCAGAGUUGAAGGAGAAGAGCCAGGCGUGUGGAGGCAACCUGGGGUCCAUCGAGGAGCUGCGCGGGGCCAUCUACCUGGCGGAGGAGGCCUGCCCCGGCAUCUCGGACACCAUGGUGGCCCAGCUCGUGCAGCGGCUGCAGAGCCUCGUGACCAGCCAGAGGAGUGCAGUCCCGAGCCCGGACUCUCCGUUUGGUUUUAUGCUUCAAAGCCAGGUGUCCAGAAACACCAGAGAUGGGGGCUCGGUGAGUUCCGUGAGAGCGGACACAGAUGUGGUCUUUGUGAGGCCUGUGCUGGUCCUCGGCUCUGCCUCAGUCCUGGAAGCCUCGUCGUGGUGGCAGGGAGCUCCGUCCGCGGCAGCCUGCAGGGGGCGCCCUGUCCCCGCCAGCGGCCCUGGUGGCACGGGCUCCAGGGUAGAGGAAGCGGGGCUGCCGAUCUGUCCCCCCCGCCCAGUCCCUCAAGCUUGUUUGGGGAGCCUCCCUGUGGAGGAGGUCGCAGACGUGCGUGCAGUCACCUGGGGGUGUUGGAGAGAGUGGAGGUGAACCAUCCAGCAGCUCUGUGACCCGAGCUCUCCCGCACACCCCGAACCUUUCUCUCUCCCCGAAACGCCAGGCAGAUCAGUGCUUUGAAAUUCGCCUUCUAGAUGUGUUGUCCAGGAAGCGAGCUUUUUCUAAAGGACGGCUGGUCCUUGAUGGGAAUUAGCAGUGUCUCAGAUCUUUUCUGAGAUGUCGGCUGGAUGGCGCACGGAGAAGUUAGGGGCGUGUAGGGUCCCUUUUGCCACUUGGAAGUGGUGAUGAAGGGGCUGCCCGCUGUCCUGUGAAGUGUCCCUCUAAAGUGGGACAUCAGAGAAAACCUCACGUUUGUUCUGUAGAACUCAGGCUCCCUCACGCACCCCAACUUUCUAACCUGCUCUCAUGUGUAGGCUGGAGAAUAGACUGUUGACUUGGCUGCCUUCAGUUUUGAGGCAGUUGAAGGACUCCAGUAUGCUUUUUGGGUGAAGCUGGUUUUAAUGGUGUUAUUUCUUAACCCGCUGCAUCCAAAGUCUUGUUUCGGUAUAAAGGUCUUUUACCUUCGUCGUAGGGCUGAGUCUUUGCAGUCAGUGUGUGUUUCACUCUUAAUCGGCACAUCUCCUUGUGAAGUCGGUGCUGGGAGCCACCGUGGCGAGUGUGGCCCUACCUAACGCAGGUGUAGCUGCCUCUGCCGUCUGCAUUACGGUUCACAUUUUACUCCCCGUUCUCUCUAGUUCUCUCCUGUCCUUCUGUCCUUUGUGACGUGGGACUCUCUCUCCUCAGCCAUCAGGUGACCCUGCUCCAGGGCUCCCUGCCUGGUCCCUUUUGGGCUGUCCAAGCUCUUCCCGUGUGUCCCCUAUCCAGAGGCCACCAAAGCACAGUGGCCCUUGCUGACACUUCAGACCCGUUUGCUCCUGAAUGCAUCACUCCAGUGGGUCGCCUCAGAAACGACGAGGACCAGCUUUUGUCCAAAGCAUUUUCAAAGGCUUUUGUAUAUCUUAGUGUGAGUUAAUGUGUGGAUUCUUUCGUGUGGCAUCAGCUCCUCCCGUGACCUGGGCAUUUACGUCUCUCGAAAAGUGAGUCUCAGGAUCCGUGGCUAAAGCCUGCUCUCCUAAUCAUUUGUUCCCUGGGCGAGUGCCAUGUAUUAUAAAUGCCUUAAAAGAGGAGCUCUGAUUUGGAAUGUUGGCUGCGAGUCCCAUUAAACUCAUCCUCAGCCGUCUCCUGAGGCUGGGUGACCCACCCCGGUUUUGAGGCUGCUGAGGGAAUCUUGGCCACGAAGGGCACCCGUCCCCCUUUUUGGUGUUCCAAAGUGAGACAGUGCUGCAGAAUUACUGGAAACAGGAGAAAGUGCCCAUCCCACCAUCAUCGUUUUGGGUGCGCUGCCUUUCAUUGUUGUAUACAAGUCAUGAACUUACCCAAGUUUUUCGAUAUUCUUGGGUGUUCAUGUAGAAUAAAUUGUGUAAAACUAGACAUGUAUAAUUCUGUGUACACUUCUUAACCUGGGUGUAUUUUUCAUAUUGCUUAAAUAUUAUGAUUUUUAAUCUCUUAGUUCAUUUAGCUUGCUUCAUUUACUUAACCAUUUUUCUACCGUUGGACAUCAGGAUUGUUUCCUAAUUAUCGUAAUCACAAAAAAUUUAACAUGGGCUUCCCUGGUGGCGCAGUGGUUGAGAGUCCGCCUGCCGAUGCAGCGGACACGGGUUCGUGCCCCGGUCCGGGAAGAUCCCACGUGCCGCGGAGCGGCUGGGCCCGUGAGCCAUGGCCGCUGAGCCUGCGCGUCCGGAGCCUGUGCUCC